AUGUCCAUCUCGCCGGCCAAGAAGAACCUGCACCCAAAACUGACCGCGAUGAACACACGGGAGCUGAUCUCCGGAAGUCUUGACAGCGUCAAGCAACAGGCGAAGGCCAUGGCAUCCACCGUCUCGUCAGCUAGGCCGGCGGACCUCCGCCGAAAGCUGGCGGAGAUGAACACGGCCGACCUCGCCGCGGGCCUCGGCCACUUCAAGAACCAGGCGGCGGCAGCGGUUUCCACGCGCGAAGGCGCCGUGAAAGCCGCGGCGAUGGUCCUCGGGGGCGCCGUGAGCAUCUACUUCCUCUGGCCCGCGGCCGCCGCCCCCGCCACCACCGGCGCCAUGAUGAACGCGCCGGGCGCCGCCGGCUUCGUCAUAUCCCGCGUGGCGUUCCUGGCCAAGAGGCAGCUCUACUUCCACGUCCUGCGCACUGCCGGCCCUGUCGCCGCAGUCGCGGUUCUCGUGUAG